GUUACUGGAGCAUCAUCUGGCUUUGGAAGAGCCGUGACAGAGCUCGUUCUGAAGAAGGGUGAGAUAGUCGUCGCUACCUUGCGCAAACCCGAUGUCCUAUCAGAUCUCCGGAUCAAGUAUGGCCAGGAUAAACUCCUUGUUGUUGCAGUGGAUGUAACCAAGCAUGGCGACAUCGACGCAGCAUUUGAGCGUGCAAAGGAAACGUUUGGUCGGAUUAAUGUUGUUUUUAAUAACGCUGGACAUCUACACCUAUCAGAAAUGGAGGGUACUCCCGAUGAUGUUGCUCAUGCCGUUUUUGAUGUCAACUUCUGGGGGGCAGUUCAUGUCACCAGAGGAGCCAUCAAGUUUUUCCGUGAAGUUAACAAACCAGGAGUUGGAGGAAUUUUGCUCCAAGCAUCUUCCAUAACAGCGGUGAUACCAUUUUCAGGAGCGAGUUUUUACAGUGCCAGCAAGUUCGCACUAGAUGGCUUCAGCGAAGGUCUUGCUGGAGAAUUGCUUCCUGCCUGGAACAUCAAGAUUUGUAUGAUUAACCUUGGUAAAUUUCAUACCAACGUUUUGUCAAAUUCAGUGACCUUGCCGCGACAUCCUGCCUAUUCUGAUCCAUCUUCUGCUGUGUCUAUCUUUCUCAAACACACAAUAAACGCAGUUUACCCGGGAGACGUACACAAGGGCGCCAGCGCUAUCCACAGGCUUGUAGAAUCAGGUCGAAUUCCCUUGCGCUUACCCUUGGGUCAGGACAGCAUCCAGGACUACAAACAGAAGAUAGAAAUUCUGACAGAGAGCGUUGCGGAGUACGAGUCGUGGUCUGAUGAUUUGAAGCGCGAU